UUCACCAACAGCUGUCACAGUGAGACUCCACAGCAGAGGAGGGGAAUGGGUCCGUGUGCGCCAGCGGUGGGUCGAGAAGCACAAGCUUGCUGCCGAUAUAGUUUCACUGUAGGUAUCCAGAGAGUACGAGGACUAAAGGAAACCCUCACCGGAUUUAUGUAGCAUCCCUUUGUUGGGAACCAGCGAAGAAUAAAACGGGGAAUUAAGGAUGUCUUUCCAGGAGCUGUCAGACUCUUUCGGAGGAAUGUUCCCAGCGUUCUCUCUGCCCAUGAAAGUAGAGCGCAGUCGGAAUAAAGAGCGACUGGAGGCGAGCCUGGCCGGUCUGUGCGAGUUGGAGCUUCUCAAACAGAGGCAGGAAAGCAGGGUGCUAAGUGCUCUUUGUCUCGGGGACUCUCCGGUAAGUGGUCGCCAGCCUUGGGGAGCUCUACGCUCGGUACGCUGCGCCAUGGACGAACCAAACGGCGGCGCGUCAGAUGGCGACGGGCUCCAAACUGGCAGUGGGCAGAGUGCUCCCUGGGCUAUAAGAACGUCUUUAGAAAAACAAGUGGCAGAGCUGAAGGUGAGCAAUGAAGUCAAAUCAGCCGAUUCUACUGAUCUGGAGGACAGCCAGCUCAAUUCAGGAGCGGUCCUUGAAGGAAGGCAUAUUGAAACUCCGGAAUCAAAUCACCACCCUGUGAUCCCUCAUUCCCUCUUAUCCCCUGAGAGGACACAGGAGACAGAGACAGAGACAAAAGAAACUUGGUUGUCAGCCCCAACUCGACAAACCAUAGUUGCUUUGGGAAGGAUGAGAGAUGUUGACCCCAGUCAGCAAGAAGGUCAACUAUCAGAAAAGGUAGAGACAUAUAUAUUUGGACUGAUACAACGCCAAACUCUUCCUACACGACCCUCAAAGCCCCGCACCAGCCUGGCACUGGAGACUCAAGCUGUUUAUGUGGUGAGACAGAAUAGUUUAUGCCAAAAGGAUGAGCAACAUUUACCAAAGCAGGUGUCUGUUCCAGAAAUAUCUACUCCCUCCACGUGUUCAGAAGGAACUACUCCACAGGCUGGCCAUAACCUGGAUAAGGAGCAUUACCUGAGGACACGUCUUACUGAAGACUCACCACCCCAUUAUCACCAUCUCCAGCCAAGUGUCCAACAUCCACCAGGGCUUUAUCAUAAGACCAGACAGGCUACUAUGGUUAACACCUCCCGCUUAACCUCACUUGAGUAUUCGUCUUGCAGAGUACUGCCAGCAAACACAGACUCCAGCAGUAGUGAACCUGAUUCACCACAACAUUUCCACAAUUACCUUUCUCCUUCAGUUCUGUCAAAGCCUCAUCAGCCUUCUUCUCAUGACGAGCUGCUGGUUAGUGCAGAGUAUAUUCCAGCCCAGCCCUGCCGAGCCGGCACUCGAGCCUAUGCACAUCACCAUUCAAACCCCGGCAAGGGGUCUGGGGUGCCCAAACCCGACCGAAGCACAUACUCACCAGAAAGAGGCCAUCAUCAGGAGCAGCAGCUCACAGCAACUCAAAUUCAACCUCCAAGAUCCCGAGGAGGCGCCAAGAAGUGUAGAUCAAAUGAAGAUAGGAGUGGUGCCAGCAGGAAGACAGGGAAAAAGGCAUGCAGAUCUCAGUCAGAAAACAGUCUGCAAAGGGUUCCAGAGCGCAAGUACAAUACAGUAGAGAGGGACGGUGGAGGAAAUGGAAGUGGUGGAAGGGGAAGCCGCAGUAGUCAAUCCAGGAGCAAGAAACAGCAACAAGGAAGCAGUAGCUACAGGCGCUGGCAGUCCACCCUGGAGCUCAGCCAAGAUGAAGCUGAUCAGCCACCCACGCAAACACUCACACAAAACUCUUCAGCUUCAAACCAAAGGGACCACUGUCUAAGACGCCCACGCAAAUCUCGCUCUACACUUGAAUCAUAUGCUCCCCCACACCACAGCCACAACCAACACCUGUCCCACCAUCAUCAGCAUGCUGAGUUUCAGUUAGCGAGUGAUCAAAUGCAACUGUGUCAACGCAGUGAGAACUACCCCCAUCUGGGUCAAUGUGAGUCUGAGUCCAGCAUGAGUGAGGCUGACACUCGAGAUUCCAGCUCUUUGUCCAGUGACUCAGAUGAAAGUGGUGGUCUUGUCUGGCCCCAACAAUUACCACCACAACUUUGCCUCCCAUCACCUCCUGCUCCACCUGGAGCACCUCUGCAGACCAAAGCUUUUGUCAAGAUUAAGGCCUCCCAUGCCCUUAAGAAGAAGAUCUUGCGUUUCCGCACUGGUUCACUGAAAGUAAUGACCACUGUAUAAAAUGGAAUGCGGCCAAACUGGGGGAACAUAAGAUGCAAUGAUUUAGACUAUGCAGAGUGAUGGACCACAAACCGUAAAUAGGCAAAUGAAUGUGCAUAAAAGUACUAUGAUUGAUUGGUUUUAGAGCAGCCUUAACGAGAAACAAAGGAAAUGACAUGUCAGCCUUUCUUUUUUACAAAACUAAGGUGUAAAAUUAUUUAGGAAAUUUCACCAUUUACAAAAAGUCAUGCUUUGUCAAAGGGUACUUUUAUUUGGCCCCUAAAGAGCCCCACACAUCCACAUUUACACACCAAGGAGUUCACAGUUUGUACUGACAUUGUCUUUUAGGUCACAGAGAAAUGUAUGUACAUUUUUACCCAUACACCAAUUAAUCUUCCAACACGUUCUCACUGCUUAAUCAUCACAUACGGACGCUUGUUCAGGCUCCCUCUGUGUCACAUAUUCAGCUGUCGGGUACCCCCCUCUCGUCAUUCAUUGACUUCCAGGAUGCUCUCAUUGAAUGUUGUAGAUCUCCCUAAACGUUAGUAACUGACGACAUGAGAGCAUGGAGGAGGAGCCUGUUCUGGUGUUUUGGAAUAGCAUACAAAAUGUGCUGCGAUGCUUCCACAGCUGAUGUGUUUGUACAUUUUUGACCUUUUCGCUCAUUGGACUUCCGCUUUAACACAUUUUGUCCUGCUUCUCUGAAUACAUGCAGUGAUUUUACCAUCCAGUUUGGAUCGCCAAGCUCUUCCUUUACAUGCAUUCAUAUUUUUAAAAAAAGACCAUUCAUAAAGGAAACACAUAGUAUUCAUUUAUUAACAUCAAGGCAUCUAGUCUACUGGAUGCUUCGUUUUGUUUUCGUUUGUUUUAUAUCAAAUCAGCAUCACUGAUGUCAUCAUACGCAACUACACCUACCCGAUUCGGUCGCUAUCACUCGAUUGAAUGAACAUUAUCAGUUAUGAGCCCAUUGUAUGGGACAAUAGAACCCUACUCUGUCUCCUAGCAGGUCCAGCAGGUCGUUUUCAUCUAUUGCUAUCUCAGCAGGCCUCGUGUAGGACCGUGUUUGUAUACGAAUGUUAAACCUUUUUUAUUUUUUUUUGUAUGGCAUAUGACAGAUGAACGAGAGAAUAUUGUUGGAAGCAGAGCUUGGACAUUAAAUAUAGGCUCUGAGGCUGUUCUUGAAGAGAAAGCUUUAUGUUAUUAAAUUGGCAUGAGAAAGUAUGUCAGUAAAAUUCUAGGUCUUACAAAGCAAAAAUAGUUGUCAGAUUUUUUUUCAGUCGACUACCGAGAUGAUGAUGUUAUGGUGAGCAGGACAUUAGUUUUGCAUUACAGUUGAAGUUUGUAUUUUCAUUAAAGUUAUCAAUAUUUUUCUUUACAGAUCAGGAUAAAGCCUAAUCCAAGUUGAACACGUAUGUUUUAAUUGUUUUGUGGUACCAGUGAUUGUUUUAAUCCUCUGGGAGUUACAAGUGGAGUUUGACUUAUUUAAACCUCUGAAAUCUUGGGUCUGCUCUUCUCUUUCGUGUUGAAAUCUGUAGGCAAAGCUUUAAAAAAAAAAAAAAAAAAAACUCUCUAAAGGUGUCCAAAAAAAAGUUGUGGCUUCCUACUUGUCUGGCAAUGGAAAUUAAAAA